AUGGAUCUGGACCUUGCCGAGGAAGGGUAUGAAGCGGACACCAUUCACAAACUUACAUGUCCAGGAGAGCCACUGACCUCCUCGCAAGCCUUUAUGCGCGGACAUGGCACGUAUGUCGACAAUGAAGAGGUUAUUGCUUCCGUCGCGGGUACAGUCGAGCGCGUGAACAAAUUAAUUUCAGUACGUGCCGUGCGGACGAGAUAUAAUCCCGAAGUAGGCGACCUUGUUGUGGGUCGAAUUACCGAGGUGCAGCCUCGCCGAUGGAAAGUUGAUGCUAACUCGAGACAAGAUGCUGUAUUGAUGCUGUCUUCGGUAAAUCUCCCCGGAGGUGUACAGGUCAGCAGCUUUGGUGUACUUGCUAGUUAUGUGACAUCCAUACUCAGAAUUCUCAAGCGCCGAAAAUUAGAGAGUGAUGAACUCCAAAUGCGAACCUUCUUUGAAGAAGGCGAUCUGUUAGUAGCCGAAGUCCAGGCAUUUUUUGCAGAUGGUGCAAUGUCUUUGCACACUCGUUCACUGAGAUAUGGCAAGCUGCGGAACGGCCAAUUGAUAGCAAUUCCUCCUGUCCUUAUACGGCGGCUGAAGUCACAUUUCAUAUCACUGCCUUGUGGAGUGGAUCUCAUACUUGGACUCAACGGAUACGUAUGGGUUAGCAAGCAUAUUAAGCAGAGUCAACAAGAAGGUGAAGAAGCAUUCGAUGCCGAAGCCGUGUACUCCAACCGAAAUGAUGACAUCGAUGACGCAACGCGGAUAGCUAUCUCCCGCGUCAGCAAUAUCAUCCGAGUUUUCGGCGCCCACUUUAUUCCGUUGACAGACACUUCACUACUUGAAGCAUAUGAAUGGGCGGUUGAGCAGGAGUAUGAUAUCCGAGACUCGUUGCAGGAAGAUGCAGGGGAGGCCCUCGUAGCUACUGUCAUAGCGCGCAGUUAA